UCCCGGGGCGGUGUUGGCAGACAGCCCGCGGCGGCGGCGGCGGUGGUGGCGGUGGCGGAGGCGGCCGUGGCGGCCUCUAACCUCUCCCUCCAGCUUGCUCGGACCUGCCCUGGGGAAAGAUAGGGAGGGAAGUGGGGGGGGGAGUAGAACGACCCCUGCGUCCAUUCUCCCAUCUCCAGCGGCGGCCGAGUCUGCAGAGGACCGGGGACGUUUGCAAAUGGCUAGUCUUGGCUUGGGUCUGGAAGAGCUGCCGCACGACCCUCCUCCGGAGCCCGCCUUCCACGAGGCACAGAAGUGGAUCGAGCAAGUAACUGGCAGAAGUUUUGGUGACAGAGAUUUUCGAACAGGACUAGAAAAUGGCAUCCUGCUCUGCGAGCUGCUGAAUGCUAUAAAACCAGGACUUGUCAAAAAGAUCAAUAGAUUGCCCACGCCCAUUGCGGGAUUGGACAAUAUCAUCUUAUUCUUAAGAGGCUGCAAAGAGCUCGGGCUUAAAGAAUCUCAACUCUUUGACCCAGGUGAUCUCCAGGACACUUCAAAUAGAGUAGCAGUCAAGAGCAUUGACUGUAGUAGAAAGCUGAAAAACGUAUUAGUUACCAUUUACUGGCUGGGAAAAGCAGCAAACAGCUGCACCGCAUAUAGUGGAACCACACUGAACCUGAAGGAGUUUGAGGGAUUGUUGGCACAGAUGCGAAAGGAAACGGAUGAUAUUGACAGCCCCAAGCGCAGCAUUCGUGACAGUGGCUAUAUAGACUGCUGGGAUUCUGAGCGCAGUGAUUCCCUCUCUCCACCCCGGCAUGGGCGAGAUGAUUCUUUUGAUAGUCUGGACUCCUUUGGCUCCCGUUCUCAGCAGACACCCUCCCCAGAUGUAGUCCUCAGGGGAAGCAGUGAUGGCAGAGGAAGUGACUCGGAAUCUGACUUGCCUCAUCGAAAGCUGCCAGAUGUAAAGAAGGAUGAUAUGUCAGCAAGGAGGACUUCUCAUGGUGAGCUGAAAUCAGCAGUGCCUUUUAACCAGUACCUCCCCAACAAGAGCAACCAGACAGCUUAUGUACCUGCACCUCUGAGAAGGAAGAAGGCUGAGCGAGCAGAGUACCGAAAGAGCUGGAGUACUGCAACCUCACCCCUAGGGGGAGAGAGAACUUUCAGCUACCCAGAAACCAUAGAGGAAGAAGAACAAAAUGAAGUGGGGGCUCGUGAUGACGAGGCACAGGCUGCCCCCUCGGAUCCUAGUGGAAAUCCUUCAGAGCUGGGCUUAGAACUGAAUGAGCAGAAUGGUAAGGAACAGUCUCUUCCAGAGAGUACAAAGGAAAUGGUAGCCCAGAAAGCCACACCAAAAGAUCUUGAAGAGAUGCGAAAACGCAGAAGGUUGGAGCAAGCUGGUAUCAAGAUCAUGCCAGCUGCACAGCGUUUUGCCAGUCAAAAGCAAAUAAGUGAAGAGAAAGAAAUCGUUCCGGACAUUAUCCUUCGAAAGGAGAACCCUUUUCUGAAAUGUCAGUCUGGUCAUGAAUCUGAGACAGAAGAUGGUGGUGAAUAUAGACUUCCUGAUCUAGAGAAGGAUGACUUUGCUGCUCGGAGAGCAAGGAUGAACCAAACCAAGGCUACAGUACCACUGAAUCAGUUGCUAUUUGGGCCUUAUAUAAAAAAAGAGAAUGAUGGUGUCAAACAGUCCUCAAAGGGAACAUCACAGAAGAAAAGUCAAGGAUCUACAAGAAAUCAGGUACAAAAGGAAGAAGUGAAGAAAAUUGUGAUCCACCAAGAAAGCCUGCAUCAGCCUCCAGGCAAUGCAUGUGAGACAGAAGAGCCCAGGAAGGCUCCUGAUAUUCAGAAGGAUGACCUGGCCAAGCGGAAGAUUCAGAAUAGUAACCUCUCCUCACACCGGGAGGCUGUGAGUUUUGUGAAGAUUUCGAGCAUAACAGAAGCAGACUUGGAGACAUGGGAUAGAUUGAAAGUAUCAGGCAAGACGAGUGAUGAAGACACAGAGAACAACCGCAUCCCAACCCCCUCACCUGAAAUCCAAGCAGAAACUGCAAUUCGUGAUGACUUUGCAAGCCGCAAAGCCAGGGCCUACCAAAAAGCUUCUAGCCCCAAGCAAAAGUUUGUGCACUUUGGACCAGUGACAGAGAUAGAUCAGCAGAAAUGGAGGAAGCUUAGUAUUGGCAAGGUUGGCCCCAAAGAGGAAGUAGAAGAGAUUCCUAGCGAUGGUGAUAAGAUUCACAUUUGUCAUGUGAUCCCUGAUUCAGCAGCUCCUCACAGCCUAGAGGAUGACAAAUUCUCUCAUCUACAGAAUUCCAGCAAACUAGUGUAUUCCAGCUUAGAUGAAAAUUGCAAAGGGAGCCCCACAUCUACAGCCAUGGGUGAGGUUCAGAAGCAGAAGGCCUACAUCUUAGAGGACCAUCUGGGAGACAGCAAAGAAGCCACAUCCAACCAGCUGCCACAGUAUGACCAAAAAGGGGAUAGACUUACUAAAGGAGAUUUUGAGACUGAACUGAAGAGUGGAAGAUGUGGGAACAGGAGCCAACAACUAGCAAACUCUGUUGCCCCUGUGAAUGGGACUACAGGGGCAGAAAAGAGUCUUGAGAAGAUGACAACUCGUGGUGUCCAGCUUGGCAGUGGAGCCCGAGAGCAAAGGAAAAAGCCUGACCCACAGAAAGAUGACAUGAUGGCUAGAAGGACAGGGGCAUUCCUUAAGCACACUGGAUCCAACUCAAACCGGUUCCUUCCGGUUCCGUUUGCGAAGCAGCAGCAGGACGGGGAGGAAUCUACCAAGGCACUUCAAAACAAAGAGGAGAGAUACGGUCCCAGAACUGCUGUGUCUGAUGACGCAGAGAGCAUGAGUAUGCUUGAUAUGCGGUGUGAAGAGGAAGCCGCUGUGCAGCCCCACAGCAAGGCUCGGCAGGAGCAGCUGCAGUUCAUCAACAGUCAGCUGAAGGAGGAGGACGACAAAUGGCAAGAUGACCUGGCUCGUUGGAAAAGUCGUAGAAGAAGCGCAUCUCAGGACUUGAUCAAGAAAGAAGCUGAGAGGAAAAAAAUGGAAAAAUUAUUAGCUGGAGGUGAUGGAACAAGUGAACGAAGGAAAAGCAUUAAAACCUACAGAGAGAUUGUUCAGGAAAAGGAACGGAGGGAGAGAGAACUACAUGAGGCUUACAAGAAUGCUCGUACCCGAGAGGAGGCAGAGGGGAUCCUCCAGCAGUACAUCGAAAGGUUUACUAUUAGUGAGGCUGUCCUGGAGCGUUUGGAGAUGCCAAAAAUUCUGGAAAGAAGCCAUUCAACAGAGCCAAACUCAUCUUCCCUGAGAGACCCAAAUCCCAUGAAAUAUUUGCGGCAACAGUCACUGCCUCCUCCCAAAUUCACUGCCACUGUGGAAACUACCAUUGCUCACCCCAGUGAACUGGACCCCAGCGUUUCAGGAGGCAGUACCUCUCCAAGCAAAACUGUUGUUCCAAAAGCAGUGCCUAUGCUGACACCUAAGCCUUACCACCAGCCGAAGAACACGCAGCAGGUUUUGAAAACCUUUAAGGUAGAUGGAAAAGUCAGCAUGAAUGGAGAAACUUUUAAUGGUGUAGAAGAAGAAAAAGAAAGAGAGUGUACAACAGCAACAUUUUCCCCCUCGUUAACUAGAUCUCAGAGAUUUGAAGGUGUGGCCAGAGUGGAUGAUUCCCCGGUAGAACUGAAGCAGGACACCGGUACCAUUGAGAUCAGUGUAAAGAGGGCAAACUCACUGAACAGAGAAUUAACAACUUCCACCACCGAGGAAGCUGAACUACCCCCUGAGAAGGAUGAAACUGAUUGUGGACAAGAAGAAAGUGGGAAUGCAGAAUGUGACUCACCAGAGAGUCAGCACUUUACCACAACUGUGACCCGAGCCAGCCCUACAGUGGCCUUUGUGGAGUUCAAUCCCAGCCACCAGCCUAAAGAACACGAGGGAGAAGACAAAGACCAGAGGAAAGUGGAGAGCGAAAUGAGUGGGAAAGUGGAGUUGGUGCUGUCACAGAAGGCAACGAAGCCAAAGUCUCCAGAACCGAAAGCAGUUCUGUUGUUUCCAUACCUGAACCAAGUACCAGAAACCGACCAAUCAACUUUGCCAAACCUUGAUUCACAAGUAGAGUCUAAUAGCAGUGAGAAAUCACCUGCCAAUACACCUCGUUUCAACUUUUGGGCAUGGGAUCCAGAGGAGGAGCGCCGCCGGCAGGAGAAAUGGCAACUUGAACAGGAACGUUUGCUUCAGGAGAGAUACCAGAAAGAACAGGAUAAACUGAAAGAAGAAUGGGAGAAAGCACAAAAGGAAGUGGAAGAAGAAGAACGUAGAUACUAUGAGGAGGAGCGCAAGAUCAUUGAAGACACUGUGGUUCCCUUCACAGUUUCUUCAAAUUCAGCCGACCAGCUUUCUACCUCCUCCUCUGUCACAGAAGGAAAUGGACCAGUGAAUAAGAUGGAUUUGGAAGAUUCUAAAGAGGAAGAAAAAAGGCAAAGACCACUCUGGGAGGAAGAUAAUGACUUGAUGCUGAAGAAUAAGAAAAGUGAUGCUUUAGAGGAAACAAGCAGUGUGCCCCAGGUGACCCCAGCACAUCCAGAGACCUCUGUACCAAAAGGAAUUCAUCAGGACCAUCAGCUGUCAACAACCGAGCUUGGCACGCCAGACCGGAGGCUGAACUUAGAGUUAUCUCAGGACACAUCAUGGAAUCAGCCAGGAUCACCUGGGCUGUCACAUGCAUCAGAAGAUGUGAAACAGAAAACCCUCCCAGUGGAUCAAAGCAUCAACCAUCAGGUUGCCUCUCCCAGUGAGAGAAGGAAGACAAGCCCUCAUGAGAAUUUCAGAGCUGGGCAGUUAUCUCCAUGCUCUCCUACCCCUCCUGGCCAAUCUCCCAACAGGUCUAUAAGCGGGAAGAAGUUAUGCUCUGCUUGCGGACUUCCUCUGGGGAAAGGAGCAGCUAUGAUCAUCGAAACACUUAGCCUUUAUUUUCACAUCCAGUGCUUCAGGUGUGGAAUCUGCAAAGGACAACUUGGAGAUUCAGUGAGUGGAACAGAUGUCAGGAUUCGGAAUGGUUUGCUAAACUGCAAUGACUGCUACAUCAGGUCCAGAAGUGCUGGUCAGCCAACAACAUUGUGACAUGGUUUUCGCUCCUACAAAUCGCCUCCCACUGCUCCCUUUGCGGAUGUCCUGGACAAUCGCUUACAAACGCCCAUAUUUGUGGGACUUCGUGGCACUCAUUUAAUUUUUAAAAAGCUAUACUAAGAGACUGUGUCUGUUCCUUUAUAGCGCAAUGUAUGUUUGUUUUCUUUUCUUUUUCUUUUUUCUUUUUUUUUUCUUUUGCAUUUGCACAGUAUCUCUUAUGAGAAUAUUGAAUUGUUUUGAUCCCGAAUCCUUGAGAAAGUUGUGUGGAUUUGGUUUGGUUUUUUUUUGUUUUUUUUGGUAUGGAAAAAUAUGUUGAUGAUUCAAAAUGUGAUAUUAUCCUCUUUGGGAAUUAUGAUAAAAAAUGCAAUAAAACCUUUUGUUUUGAAAUUUCUAGAAACUAAACAUUUUAAGUUUACAAAAUGAACUCUAGAAAGUGCAGGACAUGCCAACGUGAGAUGAGCACUCUGCUGAGGGAGCAUUUCUGAACUAAAAAUCACAGGAAGUGAUUUUUCUGUUGAACCAUAACUUUUUUUUGUACAAAAAUACUAGUUUGAUAAUCCAUGCUGUAAUUCUGAACCAUCUGUGUUCUGUACCUUUCACGGGCAGGCCCAUAAAUUAUUAUGCCAUUAACAUUCAUGUACUUUCAAAGUUACAUCAUUAAAUGUAGAUUAUUCUGUCAAAUAAAGAGAACCCUUGUAAAGCCUGCUGGGCCUAUACUCUGACUGACUGGAGGCAUUUCCCAAGAGUAUGAGAAACAGAGAUGAGAUUAUUUCAGUCUGUCUUUUUUCAGGAUUAUUGCAGUUUACCAAACUACCCGGAUCUGUGAGAGAGAGAGAGAGAGAGAGAGAGAGAGAGAGAGAGAGAGAGAGAGAGAGAGAGAGAGAGAGAGAGAGAGGAAAUCGGCUCUGUCCCAACGACAAGCAGGAAUAACGUGAUGCUCUCAGUCAAUAUCAUUUACAACAUUCCCAGGAGAAAGAGCAGAAGUUGUCACAUGUCAGCCUAGGAGGGAUGCAUUGUAUGCCUUGGGUACCUGGUGCCCUAUACCAUAUGUGUACAGAGAUGAGCUUUGAGAACCUCCGCUGUUGUUGCUUUAAAAAAAAAAAAAAAAAGGUGAUAUUUCACUGACUAAUGUGACCAG